AUGUCUAUGCCUCGGAAACUAUGGGACUUCUCUAAAGAAUGUAUGGAUGUGGUACCAAACUUCAAGCCAUGCUUGGGAUUUAUCCUGCAGGGUCUGUUAGAAGAACCAACUCAUGAAUGUUGCAUGGGUUACCUGGAACUCAAUGAUAUAUCGAAGCAGAAUCAUGCUGCACAAAGGAUCUGUUUUUGCAUCGAGGAGAUCGGGGCAACAGAUGGUCCUCCUUUCCUUGUUUCCAGAAUCGAUGCUAUACUAGACAUUCAUAUUUCUGGAUCAAUCCUCAAAGUUUUUGGGGAUGUUGGCACUUGGCCACCAAAGUUAGUUUGCUUGAGUGAAAAAGCUGACUGA